AUCCCCACAUAAUUUCGUUUGCCUUCAUUUGCAUUUCCAAAUCCAGCACACUCAGCUCUCACCUUCCCGGCUUGGGCUUGGGUUUUCCCUCUCCUCUCUCUUUCUCUGCCUCUCUGCCUAGGUUUCGCGCUAGCUUUCACCAAAACCAGUGUUAUCCUCUUUUCCCACAACACCCCAAUCUCCAGAGACUCACUGCCCGAGCAAACUCUGAUUGGUUUUUGAGCUCCCUGAGGCUCCGUCUCCACUUCACAUAAGCGGAAGCGGAGGAAUAACCCAGAACCAUGGCAUCGAACUCUACUAACUUGUGGGUGUUGCUGGGAUUGGGAUUGGCUGGAAUCAUUCUCAUGACCAGAAAAUUGAAGAAAGUUGUUAAAGAAGAUUUUGGUGCUUUUGUCGAGAGGCUCCAGCUUCUGCCACCUCCUCAGCCUGCGCCUCCCAAGGCUCCCCAUCCCCUCACGGGCCUCUCUUUUGCAGUCUCGGAUGUAUUUGAUAUUGAUGGAUAUGUGACUGGGUUUGGCAAUCCAGACUGGGCAAAGACGCAUGAGGCUGCAACUCGAACAUCUCCUGUGGUUUCUCUUCUUGUAGAAGGUGGAGCCACUUGUGUUGGAAAAGCAGUUGUUGAUGAAAUGGCAUAUAGUAUCAAUGGAGAAAACAAGCAUUAUGAUACACCCACCAACCCUGCAGCUCCUGCACGAGUGCCAGGAGGGGCUUCUAGUGGAUCUGCUGUUGCAGUUGCCGCAAAACUAGUUGACUUCUCUUUGGGUACUGAUACUGCUGGAGGUGUAAGAGUACCUGCUAGUUUUUGUGGCAUAAUAGGUUUCCGACCCUCAUAUGGGGCUAUUUCUCACAUGGGAGUCAUUCCUGUUUCAUCAAGCCUUGACACUGUAGGAUGGUUUGCAAAGGAUCCUAGCAUUUUGCGUCGUGUUGGUCAUGUGUUGCUGCAACUUCCAUUUGCAGAUCAACGCAUGCCAAGGCAGGUUUUAGUAGCUGAUGACUGCUUUCAACAACUAAAGAUUCCUGUGAGCCGGAUUCUUGAAGUGGUUAUUACAUCUACGGAAAAGCUAUUUGGAAGACAGGUGCUAAAGCAUAUAAACCUUGGAGAAUAUUUGGAUUCAAAAGUUCCAAGCUUGAAGAAGUUUCAUGACAUGAACAGAAAUGGUGAAUUAAAAACUUCUACCUUAAGAUCACUUGCAAAUGCUAUGCAGUUCCUUCAAAGGCAUGAGUUCAAAACUAAUCAUGGACAAUGGAUUGACUCUACUAAGCCAGUUUUGGAUCCUGUUAUAUUAGCAAAAGUGCAGCAACCAAUGGAGUUCACAGAUACAAAAUUUGACAGUUGCAAACUAAUAAGGAAUGAAACACGGUCUGCUCUUAGCUCACUAUUGAAGGAUGAGGGCAUCCUUGUGCUUCCUACAGUUGCUGAUCCUCCUCCAAAACUUGGCAAGGAGCUUUUAUCAGAAGAGUACCAAAGUCGUGUUUUUAGUUUGUUGAGUAUUGCUAGCAUAUCAGGCUGUUGUCAGGUGUCUUUACCAUUGGGAUUUUAUGAUAAGUGUCCUGUCUCAGUGUCCUUCGUGGCAAGGCAUGGUGGUGAUCGCUUUUUACUGGAUAUUGUGCAAAUUAUGUUUGCCUGUCUGCAGGAGCAGGUUGAUAUAGCUGCAAAUUCCAAAGUGUCAGCUAACACCAUCAGCCAGGAAGAAUCUGCUGAGAUUGCUAAAGAAAAGGGCAAUGCUGCUUUCAAAGAUAAGCAGUGGCAGAAGGCUAUUGGUUUCUAUACAGAAGCAAUCAAGCUUAGCAGUAAAAAUGCAACAUACUACAGUAAUAGGGCUGCAGCAUAUCUGGAGUUGGGGAGCUAUCACCAAGCUGAGGCAGAUUGCAGCAAAGCCAUAAUUCUUGAUAAAAAGAAUGUAAAGGCAUAUUUACGAAGAGGAACAGCACGGGAGAUGCUUGGUUAUUAUAAGGAGGCCAUUGAAGAUUUCAAAUAUGCACUAGUUCUGGAGCCUACCAAUAAGAGAGCAGCCAAUUCUGCUGAAAGAUUGAGAAAGUUGUUUCAGUAAAUACUUGAAGUUGUUCUAGAAAGAAGUUUCUGAGAUGGAAGUUUUGUUUUCAAUGCCCACUUGUUUACCAAUCAGGCUUUGAACAGCUUCAAUUACAACACCUCUCAAGAAACCCUAUCAAGAGCCUCAUGAAAGAUUUUGUUCUAUGUCGAUCCAAGCGAUCUUCGAGGGCAUUACAUGUAUUUGCGAUGACUAUUAGCUCUAGUUUCUUAUUGUUUCUGGGGUUUGUAAGUAUUAUGCAAUUUUGUUUUCUUCUCAGUGUUUUUACUUUGCAAGUGUAAUUCAAGCAUUCAACGAGUUUUUGAGCUUUUUGAUUCAAGUAGCUGUACUCCGAGUCUCAUUUGGGUACUGUAGCAUUGGCGGCAGAUGAUGACAUAUCUUGAGUGCCUCUUCUCCAAACCCACUUUGAGAUGACAUUUAUUUUAAAAGUUUUUUUCCUGA